AUGCUGGUACACAGUUGUUACGUGGAAGAUGGUCAGGGUGAAAAAGAGCUGGUCAUUGACGACAAAGGAUGUCAUACUGAUCGAACGUUGUUGGGUGAUCCAACAUACGUGGAAGCAUUAAAUAUGGCCUAUCGUGAAUCACUGGUUUUUAAGUUUGCUGAUCGGGUGGUGGUCAGAUUUCAGUGUGAAAUUCGUUUAUGCGUUAAAGAAAAUCGUGGCUGUAAUGGAAUCACGCCUCCGACUUGCCCAAGUGCGGAUAGACCAGGUCAAACGGCAGCAAAACGACAAUGGAACAGUGAGGAUUCAGACUUUGUUGACGGCGACGAUGUAAGUUAUUUUGAUCAAACUUCAGCCGUAUAA